AUGACCAGCUUGGCACCACUAUGCACUUUCGGGUUUGAAUCGAUUACGUUAGUUAUGAUUCUCAAUGGUCGACCACUGAAUUCCUGUCCAGAUCUCUUGAAGCUGCUGAUCCUAACGUUGGCCACAUGGAUGAUGCUGUGUUUCUCCGUGUAUUCCGGGCGAGCUCUUCGCCAAACGAUAUCCUUUGAGCAUACAAAACGUGAACUCGAACAGACAACUUGU